AUGACGCGUCCAGGACCUCCGAGUGAAAACCUCCCUACAGUAAAAUUAGUAGUGGUCGGAGAUGGUGGUGUCGGUAAGAGUGCAAUUACCAUCCAGUUCUUCCAGAAACUAUUUGUGACAGACUAUGAUCCAACUAUUGAGGAUUCCUACAUUCAACACACCGAGGUGGAUGGACAGUGGUGCAUACUUGAUGUUCUGGACACGGCGGGCCAAGAGGAGUUCAGUGCGAUGCGGGAGCAGUACAUGCGCAAGGGAGACGGUUUCCUUCUGGUGUACUCGGUCACAGACAAGCAAAGUUUCGAGAACAUACGACACUUUCACACACAGAUAUUGAGGGUUAAGGACCGCGAGACGUACCCGAUGCUGGUGGCGGCCAACAAGGUGGACCUGGUGCACCUGCGCGCCGUCAGCGAGGACGCCGGCCGCGAGCUGGCGCGCGCGCUCGCCGCGCCCUACAUCGAGACCAGCGCCAAGGAGCCGCCGCUCAACGUCGACGCCGCCUUCCACGAGCUCGUGCGCAUCAUCCGCAAGCACCCGCAGCAGGAGGACAAGCUGCGCCGCCGCCGCCGCGCGCUCGGCCGCUGCGCGCUGCUC